CCCUAAUUCUCAAGCCGUUGUUGUUCUUUCAAUUAAGUGAUUAUUAUUUAAAAAAAGAACCAUGGUAGUACUGAGCUCCUGCUGGUCGCCAAUCAUCUGGUCGGAUAAUGUCCGGACGGGAAGCUACGCCGUGGCCGGCUAUACGGCUGCGCUGUCCGUCGUGAUGAUCACUUUGAUCAGCUACAUGCUGGCGGGCGGGGAGUCUGCGCAACUCUAUUCGCCGCUCUUCGAGACGGAUAUUCGUUCGUCCAUGCCCAUAGCAGGUGGCUUCUUCAUCAUCUACUUCCUGCUGAUCAUCCUGGCCUCCUACUUGGUCUACUACGGCAUUAAGAUUAGCACUCGGGGCUGGUUGCUUCCCUGGUUGGGUCUCAUCGGACUGGCCAUUCUCUUCCAGUUUUGCUGGAGUCUGUGGCUCAUUGGUGGCUAUUAUAUUUAUCUGGAGCAAACUUUAUCCGCUCUUCUAAACUUCGUCUGGGUGGCCUAUAAUAUCUACUGCUGGCUUGUGGUCUUCUCGCAGUACCAGAUAUUCCUGAAGAUCCAGAACCCGAACAUUGAGCUGCUGAUGCCAUGAUGGGAGCCCUUCCAAACAUAAGCUCGAAUAUUAGAAUACUUUUUCUGACUUGACACGCUACAAAAUGUCCGUCCAAGCGCAUUUUUACAAUAAGAAUUCCAUUCAUAUCCACAGAUGCCUACCAAAUAGUUUUAUAUAAAUUUAUAUAUUUUACACACCUUUAUACACGAUCAAUUAUACUAAUGUGUAAAUCGAAUGCCUUAGUCUGCUAAACGACAAUUAAACAAAUAGAUUCGUAAAACUA